UUCCCUCUGCUCUCACAGUGAGAGUUGUGUUUGUUUUGUUCAGUUAAGUCAAGCACACCCAAUGUGGAUGGAGGAUUUUUGUUGCCUACUUCAGAUCAGAAUAUCAAUGCUCAGCUCAGUGGUUCAGGGUCAGGAUGACUGGGGAGUGACUUCCACCUCUACUGAGGUCUGUGCAGUGAAAGGAUCAACAGUGGAGAUAAGCUGCACCUACACAUACCCAUCUACAUGGAGAGGAAGUGUCAACACAGUAGAGAACAAAAUGUGGUUAGUUCAAAAGAAAGGUGGUGAACUUGUGGAUGUGACCACAGACUCAGAGUAUGCAGGUCGUGUAGAGGAUCUCUGUGGAAACAAUAUCUGCACUCUGAGAAUCAGAAACCUGACAGAGAGCGACUCAGCUCAGUACUGGUUCAGGAUCACAACAAACAAAACUGCAUACUCGGGUCUUCCAGUCACUUUGUCUGUCACAGAUCUCCAGGUGAAGGUGAGCAGAUCACAACAGUCUACUCGUCUCCAGUGUCUCAGCAGUUGUCCACCUGGUAAUACUUCCUACAUCUGGUUCAAGAACGGAGGGAAAAUAAAGGAAGACACAUCUCCACAUGCAGACUUCAGUUAUGGUCCUGCAGACAGUUAUUCCUGUGCUUUAAAGGGAUAUGAGGACUCCCCCUCUCCUUCAGUGUAUGCUCCAAAGCUCCCCUCUGUGUCAGUGAGUCCCUCUGCUGAGAUAGAGGAGGGCAGUUCAGUGACUCUGACCUGUAGCAGUGAUGCUAACCCAGCAGCUAACUACACCUGGUACAAGGAGAACCAAACAGUGCAUCAGGGAGCAGAAGGAAGUUAUCAUUUCCCCUCCAUCAGCUCUGAGGACAGAGGGAACUACUACUGCAAGUCUGAGAAUGAAUAUGGACUCAACAAGUCUUCAUCUCUCUCCGUAGAUGUCCAGUAUGCUCCAAAGCUCCCCUCUGUGUCAGUGAGUCCCUCUGCUGAGAUAGAGGAGGGCAGUUCAGUGACUCUGACCUGUAGCAGCGAUGCUAACCCAGCAGCUAACUACACCUGGUACAAGGAGGACCAACAAGUAUAUCAGAGAGCAGAAGGAAGUUAUAAUUUCCCCUCGAUCAGCUCUGAGGACAGAGGGAACUAUUCCUGCAAGUCUGAGAAUCAAUAUGGAGAGAAAAACUCCACGUUUGUAUUAAUAGACGUCCAGUAUGCUCCAAAGCUCCCCUCUGUGUCAGUGAGUCCCUCUGCUGAGAUAGAGGAGGGCAGUUCAGUGACUCUGACCUGUAGCAGUGAUGCUAACCCAGCAGCUAACUACACCUGGUACAAGGAGAGUGAAGACUCCAAAGCUUCAGGACAGAUCUUCACCAUCACUGACUUCAGAGCUGAACACAGUGGGAGUUAUUCCUGUGAAGCCCAGAACAAGUUAGGACGUAGUAACUCCACCUUAUAUCUGACUGUUGUUGGAGUGGUUCAGGGUCAGGAUGACUGGGGAGUGACUUCCACCUCUACUGAGGUCUGUGCAGUGAAAGGAUCAACAGUGGAGAUAAGCUGCACCUACACAUACCCAUCUACAUGGAGAGGAAGUGUCAACACAGUAGAGAACAAAAUGUGGUUAGUUCAAAAGAAAGGUGGUGAACUUGUGGAUGUGACCACAGACUCAGAGUAUGCAGGUCGUGUAGAGGAUCUCUGUGGAAACAACACCUGCACUCUGAGAAUCAGAAACCUGACAGAGAGCGACUCAGCUCAGUACUGGUUCAGGAUCACAACAAACAAAACUGCAUACUCGGGUCUUCCAGUCACUUUGUCUGUCACAGAUCUCCAGCUGAAGGUGAGCAGAUCACAACAGUCUACUCGUCUCCAGUGUCUCAGCAGUUGUCCACCUGGUAAUACUUCCUACAUCUGGUUCAAGAACGGAGGGAAAAUAAAGGAAGACACAUCUCCACAUGCAGACUUCAGUUAUGGUCCUGCAGACAGUUAUUCCUGUGCUUUAAAGGGAUAUGAGGACUCCCCCUCUCCUUCAGUGUAUGCUCCAAAGCUCCCCUCUGUGUCAGUGAGUCCCUCUGCUGAGAUAGAGGAGGGCAGUUCAGUGACUCUGACCUGUAGCAGUGAUGCUAACCCAGCAGCUAACUACACCUGGUACAAGGAGAACCAAACAGUGCAUCAGGGAGCAGAAGGAAGUUAUCAUUUCCCCUCCAUCAGCUCUGAGGACAGAGGGAACUACUACUGCAAGUCUGAGAAUCAAUAUGGAGUCAACAAGUCUUCAUCUCUCUCCGUAGAUGUCCAGUAUGCUCCAAAGCUCCCCUCUGUGUCAGUGAGUCCCUCUGCUGAGAUAGAGGAGGGCAGUUCAGUGACUCUGACCUGUAGCAGUGAUGCUAACCCAGCAGCUAACUACACCUGGUACAAGGAGAAUGAAGACGCUCCCAAAGCUUCAGGACAGAUCUUCACCAUCACUGACUUCAGAGCUGAACACAGUGGGAGUUAUUCCUGUGAAGCCCAGAACAAGUUAGGACGUAGUAACUCCACCUUAUAUCUGACUGUUGUUGGAGUCUGUUUCUCAGCAUCAUGGAAGCUACCAGCUGCUGUAACAAUCCCUGUUGUUCUCCUGGCUGUCAUCUCUCUCUCUGUCUUCCAGUGGAUCAGAAAAAAUAGGGCUUUCAGGAACUCGUCUGAACCUGAAGAGAGAUUGGACAACAUGAGAGCAGCUCAGCCCCUCACUAACAUGGAGCCACAGGAAGUGAACGAGUAUGUUGACAGGAAAGGCGUCUUUGAACACAUCGUUCCUCCUUCACUUCUCACAGAGAUGAGAGGAGCAGCUAUGAGUUUAACUGCAGCAGCGAGUGGAUUAGUGGUCUUCCUGCUCUCUGUGUCAGUGGUUCAAGGUCAGGAUGUCUGGGGAGUGACUUACUCUUCUACUGAGAUCUGUGCAGUGAAAGGAUCAACAGUGGAGAUAAACUGCAGCUACACAUACCCAUCUACAGGGAGAGGUGGUGUUAACACAGUAGAGAAAACAUUCUGGUUUACUAAACAGAAAGAUGGUGAACCUGUAGAUCUGAGAACAGACUCAGAGUAUGCAGGUCGUGUAGAGACUCUCUGUGGAAACAACAUCUGCACUCUGAGAAUCAGAAACCUGAGAGAGAGCGACUCAGCUCAGUACAGGUUCAGGAUCAAAACAAACCAAGAAGGCUUUGAGGGUUCACCAGGAGUCACUUUGUCUGUCACAGAUCUCCAGGUCACAUCAGAUUCAAACUGGCUGUCUUGUCAGAACAGAUGUCCUUAUUCUCCUUAUCUUUCCUACAUCUGGUACAAGAACGGACAAAUAAUUCAGGGACAAACAUCUUAUUAUACACAACACCAGAACAAUGGAGACAGUUAUUCCUGUGCUUUAAGGGGAUAUGAGGACUUCCCCUCUCCUCCAGUGUAUGCUCCAAAGCUACCCUCUGUGUCAGUGAGUCCCUCUGCUGAGAUAGAGGAGGGCAGUUCAGUGACUCUGACCUGUAGCAGUGAUGCUAACCCAGCAGCUAACUACACCUGGUACAAGAGGAAACCCAGCUUUAAACAUCUCAAUGAAGGACCACAGCUUGUCCUCAGCUCCAUCCACUCCUCUGACUCUGGACAGUAUUACUGUACAGCUGAGAACAAGCUGGGGAAGAGAUCUACAAACAUCUCCAUUGAUGUGAAAUAUGCUCCAAAGCUCCCCUCUGUGUCAGUGAGUCCCUCUGCUGAGAUAGAGGAGGGCAGUUCAGUGACUCUGACCUGUAGCAGUGAUGCUAACCCAGCAGCUAACUACACCUGGUACAAGGAGAACCAAACACUGCCUCUGGGAAGGGAAGGAAGUUAUCAUUUCACCUCCAUCAGCUCUGAGGACAGAGGGAUCUACUACUGCAAGUCUGAGAAUCAAUAUGGAGUCAACAAGUCUUUAUCUCAAUACAUUAAUGUCCAGUAUGCUCCAAAGCUCCCCUCUGUGUCAGUGAGUCCCUCUGCUGGGAUAGAGGAGGGCAGUUCAGUGACUCUGACCUGUAGCAGUGAUGCUAACCCAGCAGCUAACUACACCUGGUACAAGGAGAAUGAAGACUCUCCAAAAGCUUCAGGACAGAUCUUCAACAUCACUGACUUCAGAGCUGAACACAGUGGGAAUUAUUCCUGUGAAGCCCAGAACAAGUUAGGACGUAGUAACUCCACCUUACAUAAGAUUUGUGGAACAGCAUCAUGGAAGCUACCAGCUGCUGUAACAAUCCCUGUUGUUCUCCUGGCUGUCAUCUCUCUCUCUGUCUUCCUGUGGAUCAGCAGAAGAAAGAGCGCUUCCAGGGAUUCAUCUGAACCUGCAGAGAGAGCGGACAACAGGGAAGAGCCUCUACCUGAUCAGCCGGAGGAGCAGGGUGACCUUCAGUAUGACACCAUCCACUUCUCCAACAGCCGAGCAGAACCUCUGUACUCCAACAUGAGAGCAGCUCAGCCCCUCAGACACACGGAGCAACAGGAAGUCCCGGAGUACGCUGCCGUCAAGUUCAAGAGUGCUGCCCCGAGGCCCAGAGGGCAGGACUCUGCAGAGGACCCAGCUGCGUUGUACAGCACGGUCAACAAAUCCCACUGAACACAGCAGGCGAUGCAUGUUCUAUAUUUCUAUGAUUCUUUUACAGUCACAUCUGUAAUUUCCAGGUUCAUUUAGAUUUGUUUUAAAUACAUAUAGGAUGUGCUUCACCAAGAUUGUGCCUUAGAAACAAUUGUAUAUCUCAGAGAAACUUACAUUUAUACAUUCAACAUCAACGUUAAGCUUAUUUCUUUUACUCUGAUUGGUUCAGCUGCAUUAGAUAUGAAACACAAAGUCUUUUUAUUCACAUUAUUUAAAAAAAGACUCACUGCAGUACUGCAAAGUGCCACUAGUGGAAAGUAUUUGAAGACUUAAUGCAUUGGUUUGUAAAUAUAACUUUAACAUGAUAUUUGGGCGGGUCCACUGAGAUGUGAGGAUGGGGGGAGGUCUGUGUUAUUACCUUACAGAAAUCUAUCUAUGGGGGGGAGGGUCAUUCAUAUUAUACAUGUUGUUAAAAUAUAUAUAUUAUUAUUACAAUUAUUAUUAAUAUCAUUAUUCAUUUCAGUAUAUAAUUAACUCUAUGGAUAUUACAAUUUAUUUCUAUUAUUAUUAUUAUUAUUUUAUUGUUGUAACAACUAUUUAUUUAUAUUUUAAAUAAUUAUAUUAUAUUUCUCAUUUUCAUUGUUGAUAUUUACUAUUUUUCUUUAAAUAUAUUUGUAUUAUUAUUAUUGUUCUUGUUUUCCACUGCCAGCUCUUUUUGUUGGAAAGCUGCAAAUAUUACGGAGAUAUCUCAACACCUACUCGGUUGAUUGCCAUAUAAUUUAGUUCAUGUACAUAUAUUAUCUCACAGGUUAUUUUGAAGGAUAUUAUAUUCAUUACAUUUUUUAUAUUUUAUGUUCUAAUCAAUAUCCUUUCAUUAAGUACAAAUAUUGCUUUUGAAAAGUUCAUUGGUUUUGCAAAGGAACCUCCGUUAGUGUAUCCAGCUGCAGUUCCAUCCUGCUGCCACUAGGGCUCAGUAAAGUAUUUCACUGAUAGAAAACCCUUUUCCAAGAGCCUGUGAACUUUCCCUUUGUGUGGGUACGGUCAUUUUCCCCACGUUCUUUGUCUUUCUUUUUACCAGCUCCAUUAUUCACAUUUGAUAGAGUUACAUUUUGUAGAUUUUUAGGUAUAUAACCAUAACAGCUCAUUACAAUAGUGUAUCCUUCUUCCUUUGUUAUAACUGUUAGUAUUACUCUGUUCUUUUGCUCUGUAUAUGUAUAUUUGGCAGCCACCUCACUGCCUCUCCACAGCAGCGUUAGGGAAUCACAAGUGCAGCUCUGCCACUGAACUUGUGAAACGGAGCCACGCCACGCUGCCGUAGCCACGCUACCGGAGCAACGGAGCCACGCCACGCUGCCGGAGCCACGGCACGCUACCGGAGCCACGCUGACGGAGCCACGGAGCCAAGCCACGCUGCCGGAGCCAUGCUGCCGGAACCACGCUGCCGGGGCCACGCUGCCGGAGCCACGCUGCCGGAGCCACGGAGCCAAGCCGCCAAGCCACGGAGCCAAGCCACGCUGCCGGAGCCACGCUACCGAAUACUACUGAAUGCAACCUUCAUUAACUCGGACUCUUCAAUUAAUACUUAUUAAACUGAAAUAUAGAAUGACAUAUUCAAUAUUUGUUCAUGUAUAGAAAAUGAAGUCUGUUUUUGCUAUUUAUUAUAAACUGUAUACCCUCUAAUAGGGCAGUGGCACUCUGAGAUUCCCUUGGAAUGAAGAGUGCAUUACAAAUUAAAUGUAUUAUUAUUAUUAUUAUUAUUGUAUAUCAUGUGUUUAGAUUAUCCUUGUGCUGGUCUGAAUUGAUUUGAGUUAAUACAAAAUAUGUCCAUACCAGUGCCAUUACCUGUGAUGUCAAAAUAAAACAGCUGCACUGGAUGAGGGGAUGAAGGGAGGGGGUGGUGAAAGGGAUACAUGAGUGUACACAGGAGGAAGAUAUGAAGGGUUAAG